AUGGUUGCUUUACUGUUUCUGGAUAUUGUGCCUGCCUUGUGCAAUAAGAGGAUCCUCAUAAUUUGGCUCUAUAAUUGCCAGGUUAACAACAGGGACUUAUCCAUUGCUGUCCUGAGGACAUUUAUCUCCAAACGCAAAGAAGAGCAUGUAGCAAUGUUGUCCAAAAGAAGAAAAUCAGCAGAAAAGGCAUCUGAGAAGGAUGCCUCUGGACCUGCUGUGGAAGAAGCAUCUAAUGGGUCUGCUUUGGAUAAUAAGAAAUCUAAUGUUGAAUGCGAAGUGGAUGAAGAGAUAUCUCAGGAUGAACCUUGCAGCAUAUCAGAAGAACCAGUGAAGAGCACAGUGGAAAAUCAUCGACGGGAGCUGAAGCCACCAAAAGUUCUUGAGGCAUUGUCGGCUUCUGGAUUAAGAGCUCUAAGAUAUGUUCGUGAGGUAGAAGGGAUUGGUAAAGUUGUGGCCUUGGAUAAUGAUAAAGCAUCAGUUGAAGCUUGCCAGAAGAAUAUUAAGUUCAACGGUGCUGUGGCAACUUCAAAGGUGGAAUCACAUCUUGCUGAUGCUCGUGUAUAUAUGCUUACUCACCCAAAAGAAUUUGAUAUGGUUGAUCUUGAUCCUUACGGGUCACCUUCAGUAUUUUUGGACUCUGCAGUUCAAUCUGUUGCUGAUGGUGGAAUGCUGAUGUGUACAGCAACUGAUAUGGCAGUGCUUUGUGGAGGCAAUGGCGAGGUACGGUUCUUACCCAUUGAGAGGGAAAUACUGCCACGAAAUGGCUUUGAGGAUCCUCCUUGCCUCAAUUGA